AUGAUCAGAUUAGCUUCGUCGUCCGUGACGCUAAGCCGUGGCGUCAAUAGACGUCUUGUAAGAUCCAUCUCAUAUGUCCUUCCCACGGUACCCACUUUGGAGAACCUCAGAGCCUCCAAGAAAGGUUUUGAUGGUCUAUUCUCUGCAGAAACCCUUGAAGAGCUUUGGUACAAACAAGGUCAACAUAUUGUGGAUAAGCUCAACAGCCAGCUUAGCCAAAGUUCUGUCACAAAUCCUCCUGCUGAUUUGGCCGAGUUGAUCACCUUGACCUUCAGCAAACCACAGUUGCAGGCCAUCUACGAGAAGGCUCUGGAAUUGCACAACUUGCAGUUUGCAUUGGAGUCUCUCAAGCCUAAUGACCAAGGCAAUGCAAAAAUCGAAAAAGCCGAUGUUCUGGCCCUCCUACAAACACCCACAAUCCAGACUGAGUUCUCAAAUGAGCCUUCUUCACCCGAGUUGAGAGAAUGGAUCGUGGACUCUUUUGGUUCCAUUGCCGAGUUCAGAACCCUUUUGCUCAACAACGCCAAGGGUAUCAAAGGAAAUGGUAUUACCUGGUUGGUGGCUCAAGCCACUUACUCCGACAGUGCCAUCAAGGCCAGUUCUGGUAUUUCUACUCCAGAGGUCUCUUACAACAAAUUGGCUGUCAUGAAUACGUAUAACGCCGGAACAGUGGAUGACUCUAUCCGCUCCGGUCAAAUUACAAAAUUAAAGGAGCAGAAAAAGGCCAAGGAGGAGGCACUCAAGAAGAGACAGCAGGAAAGACAGGAGAUUGAGGGUUCUCAAGUGGAGACUACCGAGGAAGUUCCAAAGGAGAACAGUACCACCUUGGGUACCGUGGAGGAGGCUGAAGAAGCUUUCUCUUACAGCGAUCGAAAGAUUAUGCCACUUUUGGCCAUCGAUGCCUCAAUGAAGGCCCAGUACUUGGACAACUUGUGGGAUUGCAUCAACUGGGACGUGGUUGCCUCUAGAGCCCCUAAGCGUUUCAAGCCUUCUGUAGCUUUUGACAAUUAA